GUUCAAAAAAACGUCGAAGCGCUUCGAGAAAAGUUUAGAAAUGGAGAGACUGCGCGCCAGCCAGGAGCAAUUUUCUGCUCUUAUAGAAUUCAUGGAAAGGUAUGGUGACCUCUCUCGACCACAGCGGGGACCUCAGGGUCGACUAAAAGCCGACCAAAUGUGGGCAAGGCUCACAUUAUUACUUAAUUCAGUUGGUGGUGGGGUUCACAAAUCACAAGAGAAGUGGAAGAAAGUCUGGGCAGAUUGGAAGACUAAAACAAAAAAAAAGAAAAUGUUGAUUUCCAACCACACAAAUGGUACUGGUGGUGGUCCAAGCAGCAGGCUGUCUCUAACAGUUUUGGAAGACCGAGUCUGUGCCAUACUGGGAGAGACUGCUGUUCUUGGUCAAGCUGGCAUACAAGAGCAUGGCUUUAAUGCGCCACCAGUACCAAGGGAAGAACCCAUUCCUGAAGAUGUGGAAAUUGAAAUUCCUGUAGGCUUAGAGAAUUUUAAUUAUAAUACAAGUGUUCCAACAUUGCCAGCAUCACCGCUACUGCUAGACCCACAGCCCUCACCACCACCACCACCACCACCACCACCACCACCAGUACGUCCCGCCCCCUCUACCGCGUUCUCCUCCGCGUCCCACUGGUCGACGGUCAUCGGCGUCACCGCGAUCUGCGACUGCCUCGCCGCGACAUGGGAUGCAGAGAGCUCGCAGGAAUCGCGGCUUAACGCCAUUUGACCGGGCCGCUACAGAAUUUGUGGCGGUUGAACAACGACGCCUUGCACUGGAGGAGACGCGAGAGAAGCUUUUCCAUGAGCGAGAAAGGGAAAGGGAAAAGCUUCUCCAUGAACGUGAGAGGGAGCGUGAGGAACUUUUCCACCAAAGAGAAAUGGAGCGACUGCGGCUGGAGUCGCUAAAGGUUGAGGCAAAUCGCGAGCAAACUAGGGUGAUGCAGCAAAUAGCUGUUAUCGGGCAAAGGUUGCUGGAGAUAUUGCCUCAAGGGCCCGCAUCUUAAUUUUUUUUUUCAUAGGGUUUUAAGUGUAUUAUUUAGUGCCUUUCUUUUUAUUUUUUUUAAGUGCUUGUUUUAGAUUUUAAUAUUUUAAUUUAAUA